AUGCGAUGCGCGAGCAAGGCCGCCGAGAGCGCGUCUGCACGUCUCUGUGCGGACGCCGAAGCAGAAACAACAGCAACUGAUGUCUCAUCGGUUGCUGAAGCGACUCAGCCUGUGUCACUUGGUGAUGCAGGCGCUGGUCAUGAAGACACUCAUGUCUUCACAGAGUAUGAUCUCGGAGUCUCAUACUCUCCUGAUACGGAAGACGGAUCCAUAUCGACGGCGAUUGAAAGAUGCCACCACGCGUAG